AUGGGUUUUAUAGAUCCUCGAGAUCCGCGUGAUCCCUGGGCUUGGCGGAAUACCUGGACUGGAGAAGCACGGACUAGUUACGAUGAGUUAUGGGUAGUCAUCCCCUUGGUCGUUCUAGUGUCGAUUGUGGUGUUUUUACUCCUGUUACCUUUGAUUGUUUAUAAAAUGUGUCCUGUCUUGAUGCCUGUGGUAAGUUGAAGACAGUCACUAUAGUAAUACCUGGCUUUGUUUUAUAAGAAUAUUAACUUUAUUUAUAAGCUCUGCGGCAUAAUAUUAACUAAAAUCUUUCCAAAAUUUUUCAAUUUUUGUUAUUUUAGAAGUUCAAGCGGCGAUUUGAAACUUUUAUGCAAGUUUUACAUGAGAUCGGCAAAGAAAAAGCUCUGAAAACGACGAAUGAGUUCUCCUUUGACAAUCCCAGCUUCGUCAGACCCAAUUUACACCAGGUUGAAAGUGGCACAUCGCAACAGAAGGUACCAGUCCACCUAAGAGCAUCAACCAGAAGCUUCAAAAAGGGCAUGGUAACAGAAGACGCACGAAGUCAUGUCCUCACAGACAUAAAUAACUAUAGUUUUACUCGUGAUCUAACAAGUGUAAUAUAA